UAAUGGAUAAUAUCAUAGAAAAGAACGAUCUAACAUGUGCCGCACAUACUUUACAACUGGCUGUCAAUAAUGCCCUAAAAUAUGAUAAAAUAGAAAAUUUAAUUGAAAUAUGUAGUAAAAUAGUUUGUCGUUUUAAGCAUUCAAAUUUAGCAAGUCAAUAUUUAAAAGAUAAGCAAGAACAACUAGGUUUGCCAACAGAAAGCUUGAUACAAAGCUGUAAAACAUGAUGGAAUUCUAUAUUUAUGAUGCUUGAGCGCCUUUAUAAAAAUAGGUGCCCAAUUUAAAAUGUUAUUGCUGAUCGUUCGAUGACUACAACAGCGAUCGCACAUAAAUUUGAAGUGACGGAGCACCAAUGGACAGAUAUUGAAACGUUAAUACAAUUGCUUAAACCUCUACAAAUUAUGACUACUAUUUUUUGUGGAGAAAAAUAUUGUUCUAGUUCAAUGGUUAGACCUCUUCUAAACGGAGUAAUACAAAAGCAUUUAAAGCAUAAUAUAAGUGAUGAUGAAAUAGCUGAACAUUUUAAAACCACUGUAAUAAAGAACUUUCAGAUCGUUUCAAAUUACUGUGGUGUCCUUCUAGUGUCGUGUCUGCUAGGCAAAUAGCGUCUUUUCUAGACCCAAGGUUCAAAGACUUAGAGCAUGAAACAGUUGAAGCAAGAGAGAAAAUUUGAACACGGGUUAAAAAUUUGAUAAACGAAAUGGCUGAAAUUAAUCGCGAUAUGCAAAUUGAAACAUCUGUAACUAAACAUAACGAUGCUUUUGAAUUUUUGUUUGGCGAUGAAGUAAACUGUGAUACAUCUGAUUCUGACAUUCAGUAUCAACAUUACUUGGCAGAACCACAGUUAAAAUUUGAUUUUUAUGCACUAGAAUGGUGGAAGAUACGUGCAUCAAAAUAUCCACUAAUUGUUGCUUUGGCAAAGAAAUAUUUAAGUAUACCAGCAACGUCAGUUAGUUCGGAAAGAUGUUUCUCAACCGCUGGAAACAUAGUGACAGCCAAGAGAAGUUGUUUGUCGCCCGAGACGGCAAACAUGCUGAUUUUUCUUUACCAAAACAAACAAUUAUUAUAACUUCCAAGAUCGUGAGUGAUUGCUUUUGU